GGGUCCGGGAGGGAGGCAGCCUGGCUGCGCUGGUGUCUGGAUCUGGGGCGCGGGGAUUUCGGCCCCGCCAUGGAUCUCUAGGGCGGGUGCGGCGGAGGAGCGGGGUCCGGGUCCGGGAUCGCGAGCGGAACGGCGGGAUGGGCUCGGGGGUCGGGUCCCGGGCGCUGCUGGGCGGCAGCCUCCUGGGCAUCGCGCUGCUGGCGCAGCUGGGAGCCGGAGCAGCCGUGCAGUGUCUGGAAGGCUCCAUGCCCUGUGAGAAUGGCGGCCAGUGCAUCCUCUACUCCAACGGGAAGGCAGCCUGCGUGUGCCAGCCCGGGCUGAUUGGCGAGCGUUGCCAGUUCCAGGACCCCUGCCACCAGUCGCCCUGUGCCAAUGGGGGCAUGUGUGAGAGCUCCCUCAAGGAUGGCACUGUGCAGUACCAGUGCACCUGUCCCAAAGGCUUCCGAGGUCAGGACUGCUCCCUGGGUGAUGCCUGCGCCAACAACCCCUGUGCCAAUGGGGCCCGCUGCACCAACUGGAACAGUCGCUACAACUGCACCUGCCCGCCAGGCUACCAGGGCCGCAACUGCCGCACGGACGUGGACGAGUGCCGGGCACCGGGUGUCUGCCGCCAUGGGGGCACCUGCUUCAACACGCCAGGCUCCUUCCGCUGCCAAUGCCCAGCUGGCUUCACGGGGCAGCUGUGCGAGAGCGUCUACACACCCUGUGCGCCCUCGCAGUGCCUCAAUGGGGGCACGUGUCGCCAGACCGGGGAGCUGAGCUACGAGUGUGCCUGUCUGCCGGGCUUUGAAGGGCAAAACUGUGAGAUCAACAUUGAUGACUGCCCAGGCCACAAGUGUCUGAAUGGAGGCACCUGUGUGGAUGGGGUCAACACCUACAACUGCCAGUGCCCGCCCGAAUGGACAGGCCAGUUCUGCACAGAGGAUGUAGAUGAGUGCCAGCUGCAGCCCAACGCCUGCCACAAUGGGGGCACUUGCUUCAACACCAAUGGCGGGCACACCUGCGUGUGCGUCAACGGCUGGACGGGCGAGAGCUGCAGUGAAAACAUUGAUGACUGUGCUACAGCCGUCUGCUUCAAUGGGGCCACCUGCCAUGACCGCGUGGCCUCCUUCUACUGCGCCUGCCCCAUGGGCAAGACAGGUCUCCUGUGCCACCUGGAUGAUGCCUGCGUCAGCAACCCCUGCCAUGAGGACGCCAUCUGUGACACCAACCCUGUGAACGGCCGGGCCAUCUGCACCUGCCCCCCAGGCUUCACUGGGGGAGCCUGUGACCAGGAUGUAGAUGAGUGCUCUAUUGGUGCCAACCCGUGUGAGCACUUUGGCCGCUGUGUGAACACUCAGGGCUCCUUCCAGUGCCAGUGCGGGCGCGGCUAUACUGGUCCCCGCUGUGAGACUGACAUCAACGAGUGCCUGUCCAUGCCCUGCCAGAACGACGCCACCUGCCUCGACCGCAUUGGGGAGUUCACCUGUAUCUGCAUGGCGGGGUUCAGCGGCACGUUCUGCGAGAUCAAUGUUGACGAGUGUGACAGCAACCCCUGUGUCAAUGGUGGGGUCUGCCGGGACGGCGUCAAUGGCUUCACCUGCACCUGCCCCUCUGGCUUCUCCGGUUCCAUGUGCCAAAUCGACAUUGACGAGUGCGCCAGCACGCCCUGCCAGAACGGUGCCAAGUGCAUGGAUCGGCCCAACGCCUAUGAGUGCCGCUGCACUGAGGGCUUCGAGGGCACGCUGUGCGAGAAGAACAUUGACGACUGCUCACCUGACCCCUGCCACCAUGGAACUUGCCUGGACGGCAUCGCCAGCUUCACCUGCUCCUGUGCCGCCGGCUACACCGGCUACCGCUGCGAGAACCAGCUCAAUGAGUGCCACAGCAGCCCCUGCCAGCACGGGGGCAAGUGCAUCGACCGCAUCAACAAGUACCAGUGCAACUGCCUGCCGGGCACUUCAGGUGUGAACUGCGAGGUGAACUUUGAUGACUGUGCCAGCAACCCCUGCGACUACGGCGUCUGCCGCGAUGGCAUCAAUCGCUACGACUGCAUCUGCAAGCCCGGCUUCACAGGGCCCCUGUGCAAUGUGGAAAUCGACGAGUGUGCCUCCAGCCCCUGCCAGAACGGCGGCACCUGCCUGGAUGGCAAGAAUGGCUUCACCUGCCUCUGCCCAGAGGGCUUCCACGACCCCCACUGCUACUCCGAGGUGGACGAGUGCAGCAGCAGCCCCUGCGUGCACGGAGCCUGCCGCGACGACAUCAACGGGUACAAAUGCGAGUGCGAGCCGGGCUGGGCCGGCACCAACUGCGACCUGAACAAGAACGAGUGUGAGUCCAACCCCUGCCAGUUCGGGGGCACAUGCACUGACUACGUCAACGGCUACCGCUGCAAGUGCAAGGAGGGCUUCCAGGGGACCUACUGCCAGACAAACAUCAAUGACUGCCUCUCCAGCCCCUGCCUCAACAAGGGCACCUGCAUCGACGCCAUCGCCAGUUACACCUGCCUCUGUGACCUGCCCUACACAGGCCGCAACUGCGAGAACGUGCUGACACCCUGCUCCCCUAACCCCUGUGAGAAUGGGGGGGUCUGCGACCACACCCCCGAUUACGAGGGCUUCACCUGCAGCUGCCCCCCAGGCUGGCAAGGUCAGAGGUGCCACAUGGAUGUGAACGAGUGUGACCGGACCCCCUGCCGGAACCGGGGCACCUGCACCAACCUGCACGGCGGGUACAGCUGCACCUGCCGGCCGGGGUACACAGGCACCAACUGUGAGACAGACAUUGACGACUGCUCCCCCAACCCCUGCCUGAAUGGUGGCUCGUGCCAGGACGGCAUCAGCUCCUUCUUGUGCACCUGCCUGCCGGGCUUCACGGGCCCGCGCUGUGCCAGCGAGACCAAUGAAUGCCUGAGCAGCCCCUGCCGCAACGGUGCCUCCUGCACUGACUACGUCAACAGCUUCACCUGCACCUGCGCCCCAGGCUGGGCCGGCCUGCACUGUGAGCACAACGUGCAGGAGUGCACCGACAGCUCCUGCUUCAAUGGCGGCACCUGCCUGGAUGGAGUGAACUCCUACACGUGCCGGUGCCGUGCCGGCUUCACGGGCACCCACUGCCAGCAUGAGAUCGAUGAGUGCCAGUCCCAGCCCUGCCUCAAUGGGGGCAUCUGCCUGGAUGGCGUGGAGUCUUACCGCUGCACCUGCCCCCAGGGCUACACAGGUGCCCAGUGCCAGACCCUGGUGGACUGGUGCAGGCGCUCGCCCUGCCAGAACGGGGGCCGCUGCGUGCAGACGGGCACGGCCCUGACCUGUGAGUGCCCGGGGGGCUGGACCGGCCGCUACUGUGACAUUCCCAACGUCUCCUGCGAGGUGGUGGCAGCUCAUCGAGGGGUCUCCAAGGAACAGGUGUGUCACUACCGGGGCCAGUGCGUCGAUGCUGGCAACACCCACUACUGCCUGUGCAAGGAAGGCUACACGGGCAGCUACUGUGAGAGCGAGGUCAACCCCUGCCAGCCCAACCCCUGCCAGCAUGGCGCCUCCUGCCACAGCUUCAUAGGCAGCUACGACUGUGAGUGCCCACCAGGGUUCGAGGGCAAGAACUGUGAGUACGACAUUGACGAGUGCCAGUCCCACCCCUGCCAGAACGGGGGCUCCUGCAUCGACCUCAUCGGGCGCUACAUCUGCUCCUGCCCACCGGGAACCCUAGGUGUCCUGUGCGAGAUUAACGAGGACGAUUGCGCUGCGAGCCCUGGCAGCCGGGCACCCAAGUGCCUGAACAACGGGACGUGUGUGGACCGGGUAGGUGGCUACCGCUGCAACUGCCCCCCGGGCUACACGGGCGAGCGCUGCGAGGGCGACAUCAACGAGUGCCUGGCCAAGCCCUGCCUGCCCCAACGCACGCUGGACUGUGUGCAGGGCGCCAACGACUUCCACUGCGUGUGCAAGCCGGGCUACACGGGCCGGCGCUGCCAGAACAUCGUGAACACAUGUGAGUCUCAGCCCUGCCAGAACGGUGGUCAGUGCAAGAUGACGGUGAACACGCCGCUGGGCUACACCUGCCGCUGCCCCCCGAACUAUUCCGGGCCCAACUGUGAGCGAAGCGUGCUGUCAUGUCGGGAGCUUGCCUGCUUCAACGGGGGCAGCUGCCAGCACACAGUGCUGGGUGCCCGCUGCUCCUGCCUGCCGGGCUUCACUGGCUCUGACUGCCGCCUGCGAGCCAACAGCAGCUGCACCAGUGCGCCCUGCCUCAGCGGGGGCACCUGCGUGGAAAUGUCCUGGCCUCCCCAUUUCCAGUGCCUCUGCCCCAGUGGCUUCUCCGGCCUGCACUGCGAGCAGAAGCUGCAGCAGCUCCUGGAGCUGCAGUGCCUGCAGGAGGAGUGCGCUGCCAAGGCUGGAGAUUCCUACUGCGACAAGGAGUGCAACAGCCCUGCCUGCAAGUGGGACGGGGGCGACUGCUCCCUGCUGGUGGGCGACCCCUGGCAGCAGUGUGAGGAGAGCCAGUGCUGGCAGUUGUUCAACAACAGCCAGUGCGACGAGGACUGCAACACGGCCGCGUGCCUCUACGACAACUUCGACUGCAAGAGCCACGACCGCAGCUGCAACCCUGUGUAUGAGAAGUACUGCUCGGACCACUUCGCUGACGGGCAGUGCGACCAGGGCUGCAACACUGAGGAGUGUGGCUGGGAUGGGCUGGACUGUGCCCGCGAAAUGCCGGAGCACCUGGCCAGCGGUGUGCUGGUCAUCACCGUGCUGCUGCCCCCCGACGAGCUGCGCAGGACCAGCACCACCUUCCUGCAGAAGCUGAGCGCCAUCCUGCACACCUCGUUGCGCUUCCGCCUCGACAGGGACGGCAACUACAUGAUCGAGCCCUUCUACCGGCCCAGCCGCCUCCGUCGCCGUGAGCUGGGCCGUGAGGUCAUUGGCUCCGUGGUCACUCUGGAGAUUGACAACCGUCUCUGCGUCCAGGCCUCAGACAAAUGCUUCCCUGAUGCGCGCAGUGCUGCUGACUACCUGGCUGCACUGGCCGCUGUCGAGCGCCUGGAGUUCCCCUACCCCAUCAAGGCUGUGCACAGUGACAAGCUGCAGCCGAAGCCCCCGGACUCCGUGCCCCUGGUGCCCCUGGUGGUGGUGGCAGCGGCCGUGAUCCUGCUGGUGAUCCUGGUGCUGGGGGUGCUGGUGGCACGGCGGAAGCGGGAGCACAGCACGCUCUGGUUCCCCGAGGGCUUCAGCCUGAAGAAGGAGAACAGCAACAAAAACCGUCGGGAGCCCGUGGGCCAGGACGCCUUGGGCAUGAAGAACAUCAGCAAAGGGGAAAGCCUGAUGGGGGAACACUCAGAUGACUGGAUGGAUGCAGAGUGCCCAGAGGCCAAGAGACUCAAGGUGGAGGAGCCGAGCGGGGACUCAGAAGACCCUGUGGACUGCCGCCAGUGGACACAGCAUCACUUGGUGGCAGCUGACAUCCGCAUGCCUCCAUCCAUGGCCCUGACACCACCCCAGGGCGAGUUCGACACCGACUGCAUGGAUGUCAAUGUCAGGGGGCCAGAUGGCUUCACUCCGCUCAUGCUGGCCUCGUUCUGCGGGGGCGGUGUGGAGACCGACCUGGCCGAGGAGGAUGAGGCUGACGACUCCUCAGCCAACAUCAUCUCGGACCUCAUCUGCCAGGGCGCCAACCUGAGCGCCCAGACGGACCGCACGGGUGAGACUGCGCUGCACUUGGCUGCCCGCUACGCCCGGGCUGACGCCGCCAAGCGCCUGCUGGAUGCCGGUGCUGACACCAAUGCCCAGGACAACACGGGCCGCACGCCACUGCACGCUGCGGUGACUGCCGACGCCCAGGGCGUCUUCCAGAUCCUGAUCCGGAACCGCUCCACGGACCUGGAUGCCCGCAUGGUGGAUGGCUCCACGGCACUAAUCCUGGCUGCCCGGCUGGCCGUGGAGGGAAUGGUGGAGGAGCUCAUUGCCUGCCACGCAGACGUCAACGCUGUGGAUGAGCUGGGUAAAUCUGCGCUGCACUGGGCCGCGGCCGUGAACAACGUGGAGGCCACGAUCGCGCUGCUGAAGAAUGGGGCCAACAAGGACAUGCAGGACAGCAAGGAGGAGACCCCGCUGUUCCUGGCCGCUCGGGAGGGCAGCUACGAGGCAGCCAAGAUCCUGCUGGAUCACUUUGCCAACCGGGAGAUCACAGACCACAUGGACCGGCUGCCGCGGGACAUCGCCCAGGAGCGGAUGCACCACGACAUUGUGCGCCUGCUGGAUGAGUACAACACGGUGCGCAGCCCGCAGGGAGCACUGCCCCCCGGCCACACCAUGUCCCCACUUAUGUGCCCUCCCAACAGCUUCCUGCCCAGCCUCAAGCCCACGCCACAGGGCAAGAAGAGCCGGCGGCCCAGCGCCAAGAACACGGCAGGGGCAGGCAGCAGCGCCAGCCUGGCCAAGGAGGCCAAGGGGCGUAGCAAGAAGCUGAGCUUGGAGUGCCAGGGCUCCCUGCUGGAGAGCUCAGUCACUCUGUCACCCGUCGACUCGCUGGACUCUCCCUAUGUGGCCAACCCCACCUCGCCUGUCCUGGCCUCUCCUGGCGUCUUCCACCCAGGCAGCUCCUCCAUGUCAGUGGGCUCCACGCCCAUGGUACAUGGCCUGAUGGACGGGCCCUUUGCCGUCAGCCUGGCGCGGCUCAGCGACCUGGGCGAGGUGGCAUCGGCCCAAAGCACCAUCCUCUCCAUGAACCGGGUCUCCAUGCCUUCGCUGCCACGCCAGCCCGGCUGCGUGGGGCUCAGCCUGGGCAUGGUGAGCCCGGUGGCGGUGCCCUUCGACUGGCACACCCGUGUCCCCACCUCCCAGUGCAACCCAGUCAUCGGGGUGGUGCAUCCGGCUGCCUCCCACCCCAACCUGCACCAGCCAGCCCAGCCCUUCCCACAGGGGCUGCUGCUGCCCAACCACCUGGCCAUGGUGCACAGCUCCCAGGUGCUGGCUGCCCCCAGCCCUGCCAAGGAGCAGACCCCGCCGGCAGCCACCCCUGGGCAGCCCAUGCCCCCACCGCCCCCUGCGGCACCCACCCUGGGCCACGCCAGCCAGCCUAUCUCGCCCAAGGAGGGGCAGGGGGGUGCACGCCCAGGCCCCCCACCGCCUCCCCAGUAUUACAAGGCACCCAGUGGGCAGGGGGCAGAAGAUUACCCCACACCCCCUUCGCAGCACAGCUACACCCCCAGCCAAGACGGCACCCCCAAGCACUACCUGCACCUCCGCAGCGAGCACCCCUACCUGACGCCCUCGCCUGAGUCCCCUGAGCAGUGGGCCAGCCCCUCACCUCACUCACUGUCCGACUGGUCCGAGUCCACCCCCAGCCCGGCUGUGCUGGGGCCCCCCCAGCCCCUCUCCCACCUGCCCGACCAGCCCACCAAGAUGCAGGUGUUUGCGUGAGGGCAGGGGGGAGGGGGCCAAGGCCCCAAGCCCCUCUCUCUGUCCCCCUGACCUCCUUCCUGGGGGAGCCCCUCACUCGCCCCCAGGCCCUGCCUCCUGGAGACACCCCCCCUUGUGUUUUUUAAUAAGAAAAAUGUCAAAUGUAAAAAGGAAAUGAUCCCUCUCUCUGUGGGUGGGGGCUGUGGGCUCCCCCACAACUGCCAUGGGGGGGGAGGGGGGUCUAGCUAUGCCCUGACUCCCCAUCUCCCUGGUGAGGGGUGUUGGUCUUUUUUAAAAAAAAAUCUUUGUAUAGAAAAAAAGUCAUUUAAACAAGCGCUUUAUUUUUACAAAAUAUUAUAUGUAAAGUGUCCAGUAGGUGUUGCUAAAGCACCAUAGGCAGGGGUGGGGCUGCAGCGGGGGAGGGUGAUCCCUGGCCUCCCCCGUCCCCCCACUGUUGCUCGGUGGGCAGCGUGCCCCCCACGUUGGGGAGGAGCCCGCUCACUGUAAUUGUGUACUGCAUAUGCGGCGCUAGCCUGUGGUUGCUGUCCAGGGCACAGCCCCCCCCCGCACUCCCCGCAAUGCGGGGUGCUGAGCCCC